AUUUCGGUUUUUUCACCUCCGUUUUUUCGUAUAGUUGAUUGUUAUUGUUAGAGUUCUCUCAAGGUUAGAGAGAGAAAGUUAGAAAGAAGGGGAAAGUAAAAGAAGGAAAAAUUCAGAAAACAAUUCGAUCCAAAGAAUUGAACUGAUCUUUCAAUAUUUGGUUGGUUAAGAUUAGAUCUGUUCGCUGUUUUUCCCUUUCUGAAGGUAAAGAACUUUACUGGAAUGAAGCGAUCACGAGAGGAGGUUUAUGUGAACCCUCAAUUUAAGCGGCCAUUGGGUUCUUCGUCUUCUCGUGGAGAAUCCUAUGGGCUGUCACAUGCCCCUGGCGGCGGCGGCGGCAGCGGUAGCGGUGUUGGAGGAGGUGGUGCUGUUGCUGGAGGUAGUGGCAAUGUCGGUGGUGGUGCUGGUGGUAGUACACAAAAGCUUACAACCAAUGAUGCCCUAAGUUAUUUGAAGGAAGUCAAGGACAUGUUCCAAGAUGAAAGAGAAAAAUAUGACCGGUUCCUUGAUGUCAUGAAAGAUUUCAAGGGACAAAAAAUUGAUACAGCUGGUGUUAUAGGACGGGUGAAAGAGUUAUUUAAGGGGCAUCCUAAUCUUAUCCUUGGGUUCAAUACAUUCUUGCCCAAGGGUUAUGAAAUCACCCUUACUGAUGAGGAAGAGGCUCCAAAAAGGACGGUCGAGUUUGAAGAGGCUAUAAGUUUUGUAAACAAGAUUAAGAAACGAUUCCAAAAUGAUGAUCAUGUUUAUAAAUCAUUCCUUGACAUCUUGAAUAUGUAUCGGAAGGAACACAAGGGUAUCACUGAGGUUUACCAAGAGGUUGAGGCCCUUUUUAAUGACCAACCAGAUCUCCUUGAGGAGUUCACUAGAUUUUUGCCAGAUACUUCAGCUACAGCAUCAGUGGCACAUGCUUCUUUUGGACGGCGUCCGUUCAAUCAUUAUGAUGAGAGGAGCUCUGCAAUGCCCACAAUGCGGCAAUCCCAUGUAGAUAAGCAACGUUUGCGGAGGGAUAGGAUUAUUAGUCCCCAUGGAGAACGUGAUCUUAGUGUUGAGCGCCUAGAUCUGGAUGAUGAUAAAACAGUGAUGAAGAAGAAGCGUGCUGACAAGGAGAACAAGGAUAAGAGAUAUCGUGAUCACGAUGACAGGGAACCUGACAAUGAAAACAAUGGGGACACUAGCAUGCAUCGGCUUUCGGAGAAAAAGAAAUCUUCCCGAAAGGUUGAUGACUUUGGAGGGAAUUCUAAUUUGGCUUCCUGUGAUGAUAAAGAUACAUUGAAAAGCAUGUACAGCCAAGAGUUCACCUUCUGUGAAAAAGUUAAGGAGAGGUUACGCAGUUCGGAUGAUUACCAGGCAUUUCUGAAAUGUCUUCAUAUUUAUAGCACCGAAAUAAUCACAAGAAAAGAAUUACAGAGUUUGGUUGCUGAUUUACUGGGUAAAUAUCCUGAUCUCAUGGAGGGAUUCAAUGAAUUUUUGGAACGCUGUGAACGAAUUGAUGGAUUUCUUGCUGGUGUUAUGGGCAAAAGUAUGUAAUUUUCCUGCUAUUUGUUUCCAUGUUACUUUAUGUAUAGC